AUGAUUUUAACACAAUAUAAAUUAUCUCAUAUUUUUCAGAUAAUCAAACGCGCACGUAAAGAAAAAACUGAACUUCCUUCUAAACCAGUAAUUAAACAAUCUAUGAGUGAAAUGAUAAUUGAUGCUGAAUAUCAAGCAUAUCAACAAUUAGGUGCUUCUGAAGGAGAUAAUUUUAUUGGCGAUGCUAAUUUUCAUCAUAAUGCUCAACCACAAGAAUUAGAUCAUUCAUAUCCAGCUACGUCAACUUUAAAAGUAACUCCAAAACGUCCAAAGAAGGAAAAACUUUCGAUGAAAUUUUCUAUGAGUCAUUGUUUCGAGGAAGGUAUUCUUUUAUUUAAAUUGGGAUUAUCUAGGGACUUUUAG